AUGCGUUCCUUCUUUUGCCUUUUCAAAGUGAAAAUUGUGCUGCUAUGCGUUCUUUGGUAUUCAAUCAGUUCAGCCAGCUCUAUCACAAAUAAAAUAAUCUUACAGCAAUAUCCCUAUCCAAUGACGGUUGGAAUCUUCUCGUUAAUGUGUAUUCCAAUCUGCGCUUCACCGUUGCUUCGUCUCUGGGAAAAACGAAAAGUGACUCUUGGGACACACCACUUUAUUCGAUACCUUGUUCCAAUUUCACUCGGUCGUAGCCUUGCGGUGGCAGCUGCUUAUUUCAGCCUUUAUAAAAUGCCAGUUUCUUAUACGCAUACAGUAAAAGCAACGAUGCCUUUAUUUGCCGUUUUUCUUGGAAGAGUGGUAUUGAAGGAAAGACAAAGUCUUAGUGUUUAUGCCUCCUUGUUGCCGAUAAUAGCCGGAGUUGUAAUAGCUUCGGUCACCGAGUUGUCUUUUUCGGCAAUUGGACUGAUGGCUGCACUUUUUUCGACGCUUACUUAUUCUUUCUUGAACAUACUUGUCAAAAAGCUUUUACGAGAGACUGAAAUGCAUCCUGUGAGAUUAUUAUCGUUGAAUUCUCAAUUGGCUGCUCUUUUCUAUUUCCCAGCAUGGUUCUACGAAGAUGCCCUAUCAAUGUUUGCCGCCCUUGCGUCGGAUUCACCAUCAAUUCCUCGUCCCGAUUUCACGAUGUUCUACAUGUUAUUCAUUUCCGGCAUUCUCUCGUUCGGACAAAGUGUGUGCUCUUACACCUUGAUACACGAAUUGACGGCUCUAAGUUACGCUGUUUGUAACGCAACCAAACGAAUUACGGUAAUUGCGAUUUCACUAAUGACACUCCACAAUCCCGUGACAGGAUCGAACAUUUUUGGAAUGUCUUUGGCAAUCUUGGGAGUUUUCUGCUACAAUCGGGCAAAACAGAGUGAUAAAGAGGCCGCACAUACAUUACCGAUGACUCGAACACACACAACAUUGAGUGAUGCAUCCCUUGUCGCUCUCGAUACAAUGGCCAUGAAUGGAACAACUAAAAUGCAGAAACUUUGGCAAACAAAGCCACCGCCGAAUGGUUCUCGACUAGCUUUACAAAUGGGAUGGGAUGAGCAAUCGUUGAUGAGUGAUCAAUCAGCAGCUUCAUUUUCAAUUCGAGAACGCCGUGCCGACGAUUUCCUUUUUCGCCAUAAAGAACCACGAAGGAGUGAAAAGUUUGCG